AUAACUUGUUUAUUUAUAAAGCAGAUAAACAGUGUAGUAUGGGAAAUGUAUUAGUUAUGCCAGUAUAUCAUUGUUAAGCUGGAUACAAAUUCCAGCUUUGAGCUAUUUUUAAAUGCAGAAUUGUGGCAUAUUAUCUCUCAAUUUUGCACCUUAUCCACAAAACACGAUGAGAAAAAUGGCACAAUUCCGAAAUCUUCCUCUUGACAAAAUUUUAAGGAUUUCUGUAAUACCCUCAUUUGUUCAGAAAGUAUGUGUUGUUGUUUUAAAUUUAUGUGUGAGAAUAAUUACCUUAAGAUCUGCAUUUUAGGCUACAGGUUAAAAAUGCCAUGCAAGAAGCAACCAUCAAACAUCAAGUGGCCCAGAUUCAAGAUCUUGAGAGCAACGUGAUAAAGACACGUUUGUUACAAGAAGCACAGAAACGACAUGCAGAGGCCGUAAGAUAUGCUGAGAAGAUUAAAGAUCAUAUGCUAAAGCUAAAGGUUAAAAAUGCCAGGCAAGAAGAAACCAUCAAACAUCAAGCGGCCCAAAUUCAAGGUCUUCAGAGCAACUUGCUAAAGGCAAGUUUGUUGCAAGAAGCAAAGGAUCGAGAGGCAGAGGCCAUAAGAUAUGCGGAGAAGACGCUAGAAGUGCAAAAUGCCAGACAGGAAGAAACCAUCAAACAUCAAGCGGCCCAAAUUCAAGAUCUUCAGAGCAACUUGUUAAAGACAAGUUUGUUGCAAGAAGCAAAGGAUCAACAUGCAGAGGCCAUAAGAUAUGCUGAGAAGAUGCUAGAAGUGCAACAUGCCAGGCCAGAAGGAACCAUCAAACAGCAAGCGGCCCCAAUUCACAAUCUUCCGAGCAACUUGUUAAGGACAAGUUUAGCUGAUGUCCUUACAACAGAACUGGAAACUACAUCUUCAAAAUGUCUACACCUGGAUGCAAAAAAUCAAGUUCUUCAACAAGAGUUAUUAUCAAUGAAAUCUUUCGAAGAAGAACGUGAAAAACUAGAGAGCAAUAACAAGAAGUUACAGCAAGAAGUAGUAAAAUUGAAACAAUUUAUGGAAAUGAAUAUGGUAGAAUGCAGUCAAGUGGAACAGUAUAAACGGGAGAUUGAAGAAAGAGCACGACUGGACAUAGAAGAAAAAUUACACGAAGUCAACCUGUUUUUACAGGUUAAUUGAUUGAUCUGUAAUGUGCUGUAAUUCAUUUCACUGCAAAUUACAUUUUGGAUAGAUGUAUUGUAGGGGUUUCCUCUACUUGCUUUAUGGUAAUUUGUAGAUUUCUGGAGGCAUUUGUUCCCCCCUUUAAAGAUUUCAGUUUUCAUCAUUAUUCCUACUAAAUCGAGAGGAUAAGAAAAAAUGAUGAUUUAAACAACUAGUCUCACUAUGAAGAGG